GCCAGCGGAGAAGAGACGUCAAGAGGAGGAUCUACAAAGGGAAAAAAAAUCCUUCUCUCUCUUCUGCUGCCUCUCUUCGUGCGUCCUACGGGCAGCGAGGAGCGAAGAGGAGUGAGGAGGAUCCGGCUGGCAUAUUUUCUACGCUGCUUCCCUGCGAUUUCUGUGGCUGUAUCACAGUGCGUGGAGCGCAGGGAGAGCCGCCGAGAGCUUGAUCGGUGACAUCGCUCCGCAGCAGAAGAGGAGGACCGUAGAGGAGCCGGGAUGCUUAACAACCUGACCGACACAGAGGAGGGGGACGGGGGAGCGCAAAGCCAGGGCGACAGUAACCCCAAGGAGAGCAGCCCCUUCAUCAACAGCAGUGAUGCUGCCGCAGAGAAGAGCCAGCAGUAUGACGGCAAGAACAUGGCCUUGUUUGAGGAGGAGAUGGACACCAGCCCCAUGGUGUCGUCUCUUCUCAGCAGCCUGGCCAACUACUCCAACCUGCCCCAAGGUAGCAAGGAGCAUGAGGAGGCCGAGAACAACGAGGCCGAGUCAUCGCGCAAGAAACCCGUCAAGGCCCCCCAGCUCGGUACUCUGAUGGGUGUCUAUCUGCCGUGCAUCCAGAACAUCUUCGGAGUGAUCCUCUUCCUCAGGAUGACCUGGUUGGUGGGAAUUGGAGGCGUCAUUGGGACUUUCAUCAUCGUCUUCAUGUGCUGUGCCACAACUAUGCUGACUGCCAUCUCAAUGAGUGCCAUCGCUACCAAUGGAGUAGUGCCAGCUGGAGGCUCCUACUACAUGAUAUCCCGUUCGCUGGGCCCCGAGUUUGGUGGAGCAGUGGGGAUCUGUUUCUACCUGGGGACCACCUUCGCUGGAGCCAUGUACAUCCUGGGGGCCAUAGAGCUCCUCCUGAUAUACAUAGCUCCCAAAGCGGCCAUCUUUCCCCUGGAGGGACUGGAAGGUGCCGAGGCGGAGGCUGCCCUGCUUAACAACAUGCGCGUGUACGGGACCAUCCUCCUCAUCUCCAUGGCCACGGUGGUGUUUGUCGGCGUGAAGUACGUCAACAAGUUGGCCCUGGUGUUUCUGGCCUGCGUCAUUCUCUCCAUCCUGGCUGUGUACGCCGGGGUCAUCAAGACCGCCAUCGACGCGCCAGACUUCCCUGUCUGUCUCCUGGGGAACCGCACUUUGGUGUGGAAGACCUUUGAUGUGUGUGCCAAGACCGUCGAGACAGCUAAUGGGACAGUCACCACGCAGCUGUGGCGCAUGUUCUGUGAUUCACCGUACCUCAACGCUACCUGCGACAAGUUCUUCACCGACAACAAUGUGACGCGGGUCCAGGGCAUCCCGGGGGUCACCAGCGGGAUCCUGGCAGAGAACCUGUUUGGGACCUACUACGAGAAGGGGGACCUGAUUGCCAAGAAGGACACGUACUCAGUGGAAGAGCAGGACGAUCCUCUGACCAACGCUAACCGCUACGUGUUGGCCGACAUCACCAGCUUCUUCACACUGCUGGUCGGGAUCUACUUCCCCUCUGUGACAGGGAUCAUGGCCGGCUCCAACCGCUCUGGAGACCUGCGUGAUGCCCAGAAGUCUAUCCCCGUUGGAACCAUUGCGGCCAUCACCACCACCUCCACCGUCUACAUGUCCAGCGUGAUUCUGUUUGGUGCCUGCAUCGAGGGUGUGGUCCUCAGAGACAAGUUCGGGGAGGGGGUGCACGGGAACCUUGUGAUUGGCACAUUAGCUUGGCCGUCACCGUGGGUGAUUGUGAUCGGCUCCUUCUUCUCAACCUGCGGCGCAGGGCUGCAGAGUCUGACAGGAGCUCCUCGUCUCAUGCAGGCCAUCGCCAAGGACGGCAUCGUGCCCGCCCUUCGGAUCUUUGGCCAUGGGAAGGCCAAUGGAGAACCCACAUGGUCCCUCCUGCUGACAGCUUGUAUCUGCGAGAGCGGCAUCCUCAUUGCCUCCCUGGAUGCAGUGGCUCCCAUCCUCUCCAUGUUUUUCCUCAUGUGCUACAUGUUUGUGAACCUGGCCUGCGCCCUGCAGACACUGCUGAGGACUCCAAACUGGAGACCUCGCUUCAAGUUCUACCACUGGGCUCUGUCCUUCCUGGGGAUGAGCUUGUGUCUCACACUCAUGUUCCUCUGCUCCUGGUACUACGCCAUUGUCGCCAUGGUUAUUGCCGGCUCUAUCUACAAGUAUAUCGAGUUUGCAGGUGCGGAGAAAGAGUGGGGUGAUGGAAUACGAGGUCUGUCUCUGAGUGCCGCGCGUUACGCUCUCAUGCGGCUGGAGGAAGGUCCCCCACACACCAAGAACUGGAGGCCUCAGUUGCUGGUCCUGGUUAGUACAGACGGCGAGCAGAACGUGGAGCAGCCUCGUCUGUUGUCUCUGACCAACCAACUGAAGGCGGGAAAAGGUCUCACCAUUGUUGGGACAGCUCUAGAGGGCACAUACCUGGAGAACCAUGACCAGGUCCAGCGUGCAGAGCAGGCACUGCGUAAACUGAUGGAAACAGAGAAGGUGAAGGGCUUCUGUCAAGUGACCGUGUCCUCGAACCUGCGUGAUGCUACAUCCCACCUAAUCCAGGCCAGUGGGCUGGGCGGCCUGAAACAUAACGCCUUGCUGGUCUCCUGGCCACGCAACUGGAAGCAAGGAGACGAGCACCAGACCUGGAGGAACUUCAUCGAGUUGGUGAGAGAAACCACAGCUGCUCACUUGGCUCUGCUCGUCCCAAAGAACAUCUCGGCCUUCCCGUCCAAUGGCGAGCGCUUCACUGAGGGUCACAUCGACGUGUGGUGGAUCGUCCACGAUGGAGGCAUGCUGAUGCUGCUGCCCUUCCUCCUCCGCCAGCACAAGGUUUGGAGGAAGUGCAAGAUGCGCAUCUUCACUGUGGCCCAGAUGGACGACAACAGCAUCCAGAUGAAGAAGGACCUGACCACAUUCCUCUAUCACCUCCGUAUUGACGCUAUGGUGGAAGUUGUAGAAAUGCACGACAGCGACAUCUCAGCCUACACUUACGAGAAGACUCUGGUGAUGGAACAACGGUCGCAGAUGCUUAAACAGAUCAACCUGACCAAGAACGAGCGCGAGAGAGAGAUCCAGAGCAUCACUGAUUCAUCCCGUGGGUCUAUCCGCCGUAAGAACCCGGCCGCUGUUACCACCCAGCUGAGCGUGACCGAGGAUCCACCAGCAGCCAGCAAGGAGGAGAAACCUGAGGAGGAGUCAAAGUCGGCCUCUUCCCCUGUGUCCUCCCCUACUCAGGUCCAGCUCAUCCACGACAACACCACCCCGACCAGCCCCGCAACCCCGGCCACCCCGCUGACCCCCGCAGAGGGGGCUCAGAGCCCCGGGGAUCAGAUCCAGAUGACCUGGACUGAGAAGUGUGACGGGGAGCCCGCCAAGCCGCCUGGCGCAGCCACACCAGAGGGCAUCAAAGACAUCUUCAACAUGAAGCCUGAGUGGGAGAACCUGAACCAGUCCAACGUGCGACGUAUGCACACAGCACUCCGGCUGAAUGAAGUCAUCAUCAAAAAGUCCUCGGAGGCCAAGCUAGUCCUCCUGAACAUGCCCGGGCCACCCAAGAACCGGACAGGUGACGAGAACUACAUGGAGUUCCUGGAGGUCCUCACUGAGGGUCUCAACCGGGUCCUCCUGGUCCGCGGCGGCGGCCGCGAGGUUAUCACCAUCUACUCCUGAAAGAGCAGCCCCCUCCCCCUGUACCAUCCCUCCACCCUUCCCUCAGCCCUGUUCCUGUGUCACCUAUGCUCCCGCCCUCUCAUCAACGCUGCUUCAUCAUCAUGUUGCCCCUUACCGUUUAUUUCUGUAAGAUAGUCCUCUCACACUCAACCAAUAGCUCAGCUCAGCUUCAGCACCUCUCCUUCUGCUCCAUCCCCAGCAGACCACUGAGCAGUAUCACAUGCUCAGCUAGUAAACCUUUCAUUUUAGUCUCAUAAGCUACUAUAUCUAUCGUAGGCUCUAGACUAAUUUAGAUGCUGUCUAGAUUUGUUCUUAAAGAGACAUUUUUUUUUCUUUGCUAGUCUGUAUUCUACUGUAGUAACUCGCAUUGAGUCGGAGUCACUCGGUAAAGAGGAGGGAGGUGGUGGUGGUGGUGGGUGUGUGUUGU